ACGUUCCCUCCGUAAUUACUCAUUAUGCUUAACGCCGGUAUUUGCCAGCAAUUCAUAGUUUUUGGAGAUUUUGUGGCAGUUUGUCACUUCAUUUAUUUACAUAUAUUUUUUAAGAUUUGUUUACAUAUUUGACAUUUCUUUUUAUUUACUGUUUACUGUUUCUUCUGUCCCGGUGUAAUUUUUAUAAUUUGUGUGUCCUCUUCUAUUUUAUAAUUUAACUAAAUUUCCUGUUUUAUUUAAUUGACAAAUUUUUGCAACUGUUCACGUGGAAUACUGCAGAAAUGAUAAAGUGCCUAGUCUAUUUGUUUUUACUGAUUGACAUUGGGUGUUUUGUGUUACAUGCCGUUGCAAAAAUUGAGCAAGUUGCGUCGGAUUCUGUAGAGCUGUUAUUGGAGCCGCAAUGUUCACAACUAAAACGACAAGAUAUCGAGUCUCACCUUUCUACGAAAACUCCUUAUCGCGUUGUAGCAAACUUGGACGAUAAACCCAUAACUUAUCCAGAAUGUCGCCCUACUCGCAUUUGGUCAGUGAUAAGACAUGGUAUGCGAAAUCCAAGUAAAGAGCACAUUGAGGGAGCAAAAUCAAGGCUAGUUCGAUUGAAGAAGGAAAUUUUAACAAACGCCCAAACUAAGUUAUGCCCUGAAGAAUUGGCUCGUUUACGCCGUUGGCAUUUUGAUGCUAAUAGCGAGGAAGAGAAAUAUCUUACCAUCGAAGGGGAGAAAGAGUUGGAGGAAUUGGCAGAGCGAAUGCAAAAUCGUUUUCCAAAACUUUUAGUUGACGAGUAUGAUCCUAACUUAUAUUAUUUUAAAUAUACGAAGACGCAGCGCACGCUAAAGAGCGCAGAGAGUUUUACCACUGGCCUUUUUGGAAGAGAAAACAUUGUACCGGUAGAAUAUCCAGAGGCUUUACAUAAGGAUCCAGUUUUAAGGUUUUAUAAACUUUGCAACAAAUGGAAAAUCGAUGUUGAUAAAAAUCCAAAGACAUUUGACAAUUCAGAACGUUUUCUGCACGAACCCGAAAUAAUUGAUGCCGUUAACUAUAUUCGUCAUCGCACUCAAAUUCAAAAUAUCACCGCCGAAGACGCAAAGCUCAUCUAUACGAUAUGCGGGUUUGAAACAGCUUGGAAUCGUGGUCAAGAACCUUCUGUGUGGUGUAGUCUUUUUAAUCGGGACACGAUCAAAGCUUUCGAAUUUUUCGAAGAUCUAGAGUAUUUUUGGAAUGACGGCUAUGGUUAUGAAAUCACCCAUCGCAUGGCCUGUGCAGCGAUUAAAAAUAUGUUUGAAUAUAUUGAUCCAAAUUCCAACAAAUCGAAUGCUACAUUUUACUUUACUCACUCUGGCACUUUGUUAAAGGUUUUGGCGCAUCUUGGUCUUUAUAAAGAUGCAGAGCCUUUGACAUAUCGUGAUUUUGGGCGUGAACGCGCCUGGCGUACUAGCAUAAUCGACGCAUUCGCCACGAAUUUAGCUUUUGUGCUGUAUGAGUGUAAUAAUGAAAAUGGUCCUAUGGUAUUAACGUUGCAUCAGGAACGCCCGAUUCGCUUGCCCGGCUGUCCGCAAGAUCAAGAUCUCUGCAGCUUGAAAACACUAAAAGAGCAAUAUGAAAAACAUGUUUCGAGUUGUAAUUUUGAUGAGCUUUGUCAUAUUCACCAGCAUGACGAGCAUUAAGCAGUUUAUUAUAUAGAAUAUCAAGAACCUCCGUUGAUAAAGGUUAUCUACGUAUAUUCCUUAAUAUACCAGUAAUUAAAUUAAGUUGUUGUCCUUGAAUAAUCGGCUACGAAUUUGUGAAUUAACUGUAAUUAUUGUUGUGCUUGGAAACUGUCAAAUGUCUUGGAUUAACAAAUGUGCAAAAACACAAAUGAAUAAGGAACUAAAACAGCGACGCAACUAAUUUUGCUUAUAUACACACAUAAAAAAUUGAUAACGACGCUGAAAAUGCAUAUACACACAAAUAAGUUUACAAAAAUAUUUACAUAGUUAUAUAGUAAUGGUUUAUAUAAAAGAAAGCAACACACAACAUAAAAAAAAAAAUAAUUGUAAUAUUAAGCUAACAUUUACAAUAUGCAUACAUAUUUCGGCUCAUAUGUAAAUAUAUACGACGGCUAAUGUACACUUACAUACGUACAUUUAUGUAGUGCAAUUAAGUUAAAUAGUGAUUGUAGUGAUUAUCUUAUGCAAGAAAAAACGACAACUGCAGCUUUAUUGUGACUUUAUGUUUAAGUUACCGCAAAGUGAAAUAUUUGUUUAAUCAAUAUUUGAUAAUUUGCAAAAUUAGAGUACGUUAUACUUUCUUGAGCACACGAAGCCACACCUGAGUUGUUGUUUUCUUUUUUUUUUUGUUUUUUUAAUUUAUCACUAAAAUUUUGUCGCAUAAUAGUUUUUGUUAUACAAAUUCGCCAGUUUGAUGUCGGCUGCAGAAAUUAAUCAAAACCGAUCGCUUAGUGGUGAAUAACAGCGCCCGAUUUAAUGUAUUUCUUGAUAACUGUAAUUCAUGCUGCUUAAGAUGAGUGCAAGAACCCUUUAAUUGCAAGUAGGUAACUUAAUGAAAAAGCAGCCGCAUUUUAAAUAUAACCUUGAAAUUGCAUACCGUUAAAAGGUUACAUUUGGAGUUGUAAAUUUUUAUAUAAUUAUUAGACAUAAUUUGCGAAAGUAGCACAUAAUAUGGGACGUGAAAUAUAACUCUAAAUUUAGUAUUUAUAAACAUAUAUUAUAUAUUAAUUGAUGAAAUGCCUAACGUCAGCCAAAAGUAGAAAGGCGCAUUUUCGUUUAAGAGCAAUUUGAAAUUUUAUUCGUGAAGUGCUAAAUUAUGCCAGAAUACGCCUCAUUUAGAGAAGAAAAAAUAGAAACAUAAAUAAUGAAAUAAAAUAGCCGCCUAAACCCUCAUACUCACAGCUAAGCGCAUACAGAAACCAUACGGACAACAGUUAGAAAGUAAACGCAGUGCGCAGAAGUAGAAAAUAAAAUUACACAUUGACUUGAAAUGAAUGGCUGAAAAAUCAGAAAUUGUUAAAUGCGCAUAUUUACUGAUUCAUUAAACGUUAUUGAGUAUUUAUUGCUGACGAGUGUCGAGUGCGAGUCAAAAUAUAUUUUGUUGGCUAUUUUUUCUUUUAGCUAUUUUCAUCGCAGUUACUGUUAUUUAUUAGUUAAACUGAAAUAAAUCGAACAAAAGCAGAAUAUGCCUACACAAACCGUUACAUUACUCGUACAAAGAUUUAGUUUCCACAGUCAGAGUUAUACAAAUAUUUUAUAACUGUUAAUAGACAAUUAUUGUUUGCAACUCCCUUGUAAAUUUCGCUCCCCAUUAACUUCCCCUUCAAGCUUACCGCCUAAAGCGUAAAUAAAGUGUUCAAUAAUAAACCUGUAAUAAUUUAAAUUCCGUGUAAAGUGCGCCUUUUAUUGAUUUAUAAAUACAUAUACACACAAAAAUAUUAAUUUAAUAAGAUAAAUAUUAUUGACUUGUGGUAAUAACUUGCAAUGUAUAAACUACUUAACUAACUUUUUUGAAAAAUAAAUUAAGAAACAAAUAUGUAAGAAUGUGUUUAUAUUACCUGUUAGAUGAAAAUGAGUUUACGGAGUUAAGGGAGUUUGGCACAACUUAAGGGUCUCUGGCUCCAUCAAAAAUUGGUGAAGUCUUUAGUCGUGUGCUAAGCCACCCUUGAUGAUAAUUUUGUAGCGGCAUAAGACAUUGCUACCAUAUAUGUAUCUUUAUACCUAGCCUUGUGGUAGGUUAGUCAUUCGGUACUUUUGUCUGUCGCUGUUUUUCCUUUUGGUUAAGAGAUCACAACAUUUUUAUUAUCAUCUUGCUUUGUUAUUUCCCUCUUUUCCUUGCACAAUACAAACCGCUGGUAUUUUGUUAUUGUUAUUGUUGCUAAUAUAGAAGUCUCCCACGUGUUGCACGCUCUUUCGUCUCACUACUGCGCAGACGCUUACAAAGAGCAGAGGAAAUGUCAAAAUGUUCGCAAUAAUAAUCCUGAGGACUCAAAAUUUUUCCAGCGUCAAAUUGCUUAGUAGUUAUUUAGUUGCGGCCACGAAAUGUUGCGCUUCAGAAACAAGUGAAAAUCGUAGAGAAUUAAUGAAAUUAAAUACUUAGUAAUUAUUAUGCACAUUCAGACCCACAAAGUGGCAUUUAGUGGUGGUGAAAUUGACGUCGAAGAAAUUUUUUUGUUUUUAACAUUUCGUUGUUUGCUUUUAGGCGUAUAAAGUGAGAAACUUUCUGCAAAUAAAAAAUAUGCAAAAAGCGAAAAAACACUUCCGCAAAUUUUUGUAUACAAAGUUUUUCGGUCAAUAUAUCAAAUAUUAGCACUCCUUAAAUGUGUAUAUACACUCAUACACACAUAUACAUAUGUCUGUAUGUAAGAGGCAUUUUGCUUUGUGUACACAACAUGAAGGAAGAACUAUGACAGUGUUUUGCUCAAAAAACGGCAACAAUUAUUAAACUUGAAUUCAUUGCAACAUUACUUGCAACAUCACCUGACCUAUCGGUGAAUAACGCUGCGGAGAAGUGGCGGUGGCAACUACCAGAAGAAAAAAAGUAAUAUAGAGCAAUUGUAGUAAACGGUGUGACUAAGGAUGCUUAUACUCGUGCAUAUAUACAGUUAUGAUGUUCAUAUAAGCGUAUGUUGCCAGUGUGCUCCCUUCCGUUUCCACUAAACGUCAAGCUGACACUGAAAUGGAAAGGAUCAUGACCCAAUUUUGAUAAGCACGAAAGAAAAGACAAACAAGUUGACAGUAAUAGGAAUAUAAAAAACAGCACCCAAAUGAUAUUUGGUGAGCUAAAAAUAAGAGAAGUAAGAAAAAAGUUGUCGGAAAGUGGCACAACAAAAGUGUAAAAUAAUAAUUACUAUGUAAACUUCAGAAACGGUAAAUUUAACUUACUCUUGUUAAUCUCCCACCAAAUGCCAAAAAGAAAAAAACAAAAACUAACGAAAUUAUAAAAGAAAAAUAGUUUAGUAAAAAUUUAUUUAAAUUAAUUGAAAAUUAACGGCGAAAAUUACUAAAAGUACAAAACACACUCGAAAAAACACAAAAACAAAAAUCAAAUUCAACCCUACAACGUCAAAGUCACCCUUUGGUGGAGCCGUGAAUCCUUUUUGAUUGUGCAACAAAGCCACUGUAAUGCAUAGAGUAAUUACAGUUUCGAAUCCAUACUAGUGCAGCUAAUUAUACAUAAGCCAACCGCAAUUAAAAGUAACAACAAUAACAAAAUGCUGUAGUGCAACUGCUCGCUUGUCACGCUAGCGGUUGGAAAAGCAGUCGAUCAAAUAAUAUUUGUUGCUCCUUCGAGUUGGUUCCGUUGCCGGUUUUAGCACGCAAGCUCGACUUAUUUAAACACACAAACAUCCAUUCACAUAUAAGUACAUAUAAAUAUAUAUAUAAUAUAUAUAUUGGUUAUACGCUUCCAAUUAUGCUGCCUUGGUGGUGUUAUUUGCUGAUUACUGGGCUAGUGCUCUAUGCCCUCUUCGAACUUCAUUACUUCCUGCGUAUGUGCCUUUGUGUGAUUCUGGCGCGCUUCGUCAAGCGAAAGUGCCAUAUUUUGGAGACGACCACAGUUGCUGGCCUCUGCCUCACCAAUGACAUCGAUUGGCUGCUCUAUCACAUGAACAAUGCGCGCUAUUUGCGAGAAUUGGAUUUUGCACGCGUGGAUUUCUACGAGCGCACAGAUUUGUAUCGCACCAUAAAACGGAAAGGUGGCUCAGUUUUUCAGGGGGCAGCUACCAUACGUUAUCGGCGAUUUAUCAGACCCUAUCACCGUUUUCACAUACAAUCGCGCAUCAUCUACUGGGACGAACAAUCCGUUUACAUGGAGCAUCGUUUCGUGCGACCCUCCGAUCAAUUCGUGCACGCCAUUGCAAUUUGCCGGCAGCGCAUCGUCGAUUGCUCAGCGGAGGAGGUGAUGAAUGACCUGCUGGCACCCAAAAGUAUGCAACUGCAAGCGUCGCACAACACGGUUAGCUCCACAGUGAGCCUGGACAAUAGUGCGGUGACCACAACAAAUCUGGAUGUGGCCGAGAAUGGGCAGACGCGCGUAAAGUUGAAACCCGAUGUGCCGCCGGAGAUACAAAAGUGGAUUGAAUACAAUGAUUUGUCAAGCAAAAAUUUACGCUCGAAUUGCUGAUAGUUGCGGAGUCGAAAUGCUGAGUGCUUUGCUUAUGAUUAUGAAUGUCUAAAUACUCGUAUAAAACCUUAUACAUACGUACAUACAUAUGUAACUGCACUUAUUAUAUAUCAAAGAUAUGCCUAGAAGAAAGAAUUAUUUAUUUUUUGAGCUCAUUGAAGUAUGAAAAGUCUUUAAGAAAAAUAUUUAAUUAAGUUUUUAGUUAAUCAAUUUUUUUAUAGUCGGAUUACAUAUGUACAUCUAUGAAGCGCUAAAGCGAAAGUGUAUGCCAAUCUUUAAAAUAACCUACCUUUACUACUCGUAUGUGUAAAUGUGUGUAAAAGAAUACAAGUAAAUUUGUAGAACAAUAUGUGGAUCGUUUUAUUUUGAAAAAUUAAAGGUGCCCAUCUUUACUUAAUUACUUACUAAUAUUAUAAAUGUGAAUGUAAGUUUGCACAUUACGCUUUCUUGUCGAAACCUCUUAACCGAUCAGCAUGAAACUUUGUACUCAUACGCCUAAUGGUAUUUAAAAGAAAAAAACUACUUCUAAUUAAAAAAUAUUAUUUUUAUGUAUUGUAAAAAAAAAUUAUUUUGGCAUAUAUGAUUGUUUGUCGAAAAAUUUAAAAAUCUAAGAAAACAAAAAAGGCAUCGAAAGCGCAAAAUAGUCAAACGUGGGGGUUUCUGAUUACCAUCACCAACACGAAGAUGAUCAUCGCAGGAUAAUGUUCGUGCACAUAUGUACUAUGUAUUUAACGGGUGAUCCAAGUAGAGUUACCUCUUUCAAUAGCCUUUUUAUGACAAAUCGCGCGUCAGUCAAGCCACUCUACCUUCCCAAGCUUCACCGCUUCGCUCUAUAGGCUCUUGAAAAGUUCCAAGAAGAUCCGACGUUUUCAAGCUAAAUUUUGUUCAGCGAUGAGGCCCAUUUCUGGCUCAAUGGUCUUACUUGCUGCUAUAUAGUGCUGUUGUUAGAGACUUUCAGCGCUUCACUUAAUCUUGGCGUGUUGUGGAAAGCGGACGUGUGAAGAAGAAAACAACGAUACACAAAAAACAGCGAGAUGUCUUUCCUAGUUAUACUGCUCAUUCUCUACAUCAUUUGGGAUGUUAACUACUUCAUUCGUUGCAUUUUCACUGUGUUGGCGGGGCGCCUGUUCCAGAGUAAACGCAAGGUCACUGAUACCACAACAAUCUAUGGUCUCUGCACCUCACAGGAUGUGGACAUCUUCAUACGACACAUGAACAACGCGCGCUACCUGCGAGAGCUGGACUUUGCACGUUUCCAUUUCUAUGCGCUGACUGGACUUUAUGAGCAAGUGCGCGAGCGCAAAGGUGGCGCCGUUCAGGGCGCUUCGAGUGUGCGCUACCGCCGCACCAUACCCAUUUUCCAUCCGUACAAGAUCCAAACCAAGCUGAUUUGGUGGGAUGAGAAGGCUAUUUACUUGGAGCAAUCGUUUGUCACCCUCUCGGAUGGUUUUGUGCGCGCUGUGGCAUUAUCCAAGCAGUGCAUCACCAAUUGUGACGUCACCGAAAUAUUAAAGACCUUCCCUGAAGCAGCAACACGACCGGAAAUGCCGGCAGAGCUGAAACUGUGGUUGGACUCGAUUGAACUGUCUAGUCAGAAGUUGCGCAAGGAUAAAAGAGCGUAAAGCGGAGAGAGUGCUCUCUUUCUUAGUUUUAUAAACUCACUAUUUGGGUGUUUAGGCUUAUUUUUUUUUACCUUUUUCAACGAUCCAUUACUAACUAUGUGGACAGUGAUAUGGAAAUAAAGUUUUUAG